AUGCAGAGUGCCAUUGUGUUGGACGCCGGCUCGAGUAGUGUGAAGGCGGCGUGUAGCACCGCCACCGCCCCUAACUCUUUUCCGUCACUGGCAGGUCGUGCAAAGUACAAGCCACUGUUUCAUACAUCACAUGGAGACGCUGCGGUGGCUGUAGGGAAUACUGCGGCGGAGCGUCGCGGUCUGCUGCAUCUCUCGUACCCCAUUCAGCACGGGAGCAUCGUCGACUGGGAUGCCUGGCACCUGCUGCUGCAGCACAUCGAGCAACAGUUGAAUACCCCACUGGCCGAGAGGGAUGUUUUUUGGGUCGAGCACCCGUUCAGUUCUCGCCCGCAACGAGCGCGUGUGGCGCAGGUUCUCUUUGAAGAGAAGUCUAUCUCCGGCAUGUGUGUCGGCGUUGCGCCCCUCCUGUCACUCUAUGCGACAGGCAACACUACGGGAAUGGUGCUGGAUGUCGGGGAUGGCGUCUCCUCCGUGGCGGCGGCGGUGCAGGGGUACGCUGUCACGGCAAUGAUGCAGCGGGAGGACUUUGGAGGAGGCGCCGUCACGCAGUACCUCCAGCGACUGUUACGCGAGUAUGGCAGUUACUACGCUACAUGUGAUGGCGGCGACGGCUCUCAUGGGGUACACAGCACCGUAACCAGUCGAUUUAAUCCGUCACGCUGCGGCGCCGAGCGUGAGCUGGUGCGCACCAUCAAGGAGCAGCGCUGCGAGGUGAGUCCACAUCCCGUACCAACAAGCGCCAUUCCUGCGCGUGCCGCGGAAGGAGCGGCUGGUGAUGAUGGCGAGGGCGAUACGGCUCUGUUGAGUUUUGCGCAGGCUGUUGCCGCAACACCGCCAAAGAAACAUUGCCUGCCCGAUGGCACGGAGCUGAUGCUUGGGUAUGAGUUGCUGCAGGCCCCGGAGGUGCUAUUUAACCCUGCCCUUCUUGGGAAAGAGCAUGUCGGCUUGGCGGAACUUGUCGCUAAUGCGGUGCGGGUGGCUGACAUUGAGCUUCGCGCGGAACUGUGCCAACACGUUUAUUUAACAGGUGGUUCGACGCUUCUCAGUGGAUUUGGUCAGCGCUUCCUUUCGGAGUUGCUGCGGCUUACUCCACGGAACUGCAAGGUGCGGGUCUCAGCACCGGCAGAACGAUCCCACAUGGCAUGGCUGGGUGCAUCGUUUCUCACUCGGCUCUCGACGUUCCCGCAGGAGAUGGUUGUAAGUCGGGCGGACUUCCUGGAGGAGGGUGAGCGUGCGCUGCACAACCGCCGUGUCGGAUGA